AUGCCUAAACCUUCAAAGUGUAAUAUUCAAUUAAAAAAUGCACAUGAAUCUUUUGCCAAAAAGUAUAAAUUAAAUAAAUUUCAAGAAGUUAAUAAUGAAUCAACAAAUAAUUUAAAAAAAAUUAACAAAGAACUUAAAUCAAUAGAUGAUAUGACCUCUGAUAUCUUGAAUGUUGAUAAAUCAGAUUCUUCAAAAAUAUAUAAUAUGAUUAUUGAUUCUCUUAAAGACAUGUCAAAAAAAGAUCUCCAAUCUAUAUCUUAUCUUCUAUGCACAAUAAGAUAUCUAUACAGAAAAAAUAAAGACCAUAUUAUAUCUUUUUACAUACAAAAUAAAACAUUUGAAUAUAUAUCAAAAUCUCUUUACAAAUCUGGAAAAUCAUUAGAUGAAUUAAAUCAUCAAAAUAAACAACUUAAGCAAGAUAUUCAAAAAUUACAAUGA